CGGCGAUGAUCAGAUCGGCGAUGGAUGGUGGCGACAAUGAUAUGGACUCUCUGUUCGAAGGGAUGGAACUUUUUACGCCGGCGUCUCAGUUCGCCGGUGACAACAAGGUAAGCUCAUCUUCAAUUUCACCACCGUCUCAAUCCGAAGAUUAUGAAGCCAAGGCGGUGGAGACGACGGCUCCUCAGCCAGAUGUGACGGAGGCUUUGGACGAGAAUUUGUUUUCAGACUUAACGAUUGUGACUCCGGUCCAACACCAACCUGAGCCGAUCGAGGUAGUUACUACUACUCAGCAAUCUCCGGUGAAGAGUUAUGGACGUCAGGUGUCACGGUCCUCACGGAGGAAGAAAAGAGCAGCUGGAUUAAGAAUAGGAUACGGUAGGCACGAAACCAACAAUCACGACGAUGACGAAGAUGAUUCCGUCAGUCAACAAUCCGAUUCCGUUAGUCAACAAUCCGAUUCCGUCAGCCAAGUAUCGGAUUCCGUCGCGCAUGUGUUUGAUUCCGGUAAUCAAUCUUUGGACUCUAUUCCUGAUGUUGCUGUUGUUGUUAGUAAUGGUGGCUCAAGGCUAGAAUUAGUCAAGGCUCAGAUCGAAGCGAAGCUUAGCCGUGCUCGUGACUUGGCUGCUUCGGUUACUUCUGCACGCAAGAACGCGAUUAGGAAGAGAAGGCAAGCAUCUGAGAAUCUCAGAUUAGCUUCUACUAAGCACGAAGAGCUCGAGAAGCAGCUUGAAGAAGCGAUCGAGGCGGAGGAUUUCGAAGCGGCUGAGAGGAUUAGCGAAAGCCUCGCUGCUAAGGAAAGAGAUAGGCUAGCUCUGUUGUCAUUGCUCCGCCAAGCGGAAUCUGAUUGUGACACCAUUGAGUCGAAAAUGGAGGAGGUUCUUCUUUCUCAGAUUGCAGCUGAAGAAGAAUCUGCCUCUCUGCUUCGCAUGUUUUGCACGGAUGCUGAGAAUGAUGCUGGAUCGAUUUUGGAGAAGGCAGAAGCUUUUUGUUCAGAUGAAAUGGAGAAAUGGCAUUCAUGUUCUGAAGAUGUGGAGGUUAGAAAAGUCGAAUUGGAUGUAGAAUCUGUUGUAGUUGAUAACGUUCGGUUGUCGUUGAAUGGUACUCUUGAGGGAUCUGUGGAAGAAGAUAUGAAAGAGAAGGAGAUGCUGCGUAAGAAGAAAGAGCAAUUGUCAGAUGAACUUGAGGAGCUGCUUGCUUUGGUGAAGGCAAAGGAGAAGGAGAUUGAUGAGAACAAGUUGCAAAUUGAGGCAGUUGAGGAGAAGAUUAAUAAUGUGGUGACUGGCUACAAGGAAUUGCAAACAAGCUUAGAUAAAAUGUUAAGCAAUGUGCAAGAGGGGCUCACCCAGAUUGAUAAGGAAACUGAAGAUUUAACAAGGAAAAAGAAAGAUGUGGACGAGUUCAUGGCAACUGAGAAGGAGAGAGGAGCUGAACUCCGUGAUCUUGUCCGUGUUUCAGCAGAUGAAGCAAGUGAAUAUGAGAAAGUUAUUGAAUUGCGAAAAGGUCUGAUGUCAUAUGUGUCUAAAACUAGAGAAGAGAGAGCGAAGCUUGUAAAUAUCGAAGAGAAGCUUUCUGAGGAAGUUCAGAAGCUACAAGAGGAGGUUUCUAGUACACGAGAGUCACUACAGGAGCGAUCUUCUAAAAAGUCGAUCAUCCAACAGAAUAUUACAUCUUUCAUGGAUAAAAUUAUGUUCAUAGAGAAAAGGAUGCCGGAGCUUGAAGCAGAGAAGAAGGUGGCUGCAUCAACAAGAAAUUUCAAAGAAGCUGGGAGAAUAGCUGCAGAAGCCAAGUCCUUAAAUCUGGAAAAAGAUAAGAUACAGAUCGAAACAGAAAAAGCUAACGCUGAGCUUGAAAAAGCAGAACAUGAGAUUGAAGAAACCAUCAAGAGGCUACAAGAGAUAGAGGUGUUGAUUCUGUCAAAAGAAAAAGAAUUGGCGAUCAGCAGAUUCCAGAGGUUACGGAUCGACAGUGGGACUGCAAAGGCAGAGAGUUCAGCUGCUCUGGAACUGAGCGACCUCGAAGAAGCUAAUCUUCUUCUCGAGGAAGCGCAAGAAGCAGAAUCCGAGGCAGAGAAACUUAAACUCACAUGCGGUCUCAAAGAUGAAGAAGAAGGAGAAGAAGAGGCAAAAUCUUACGAAGUUUUUGUUUCUAUGGAACUCAUAGCCACCGUUGGUCUGAAAAAAUUACAAGAACUGACGGAAUCUGUUCCGUCUUAAACUUUAAAAGCUGCUUCCAGGUUUAAUCGUGGUGACUAAAGGAGUCAUCAAGGAAAAGAACCAAAUGGUUUUGUAGAUUUAUCAAACACCAUUGAGCUCCACAACGAAGUCCACAUGUAUGUUUUUUGUUUUUGGUUUUGUUUUCGGGAUCCUUGUUUAAUUGAUUGGUUGUUCAAAGAGAAGAGUGCAAAGCUUAUUCAGUUUAAAAUUGUUGUGGAUACAGAGGAAGAGUAGAAAACAUCCAUGACGAAAUACAGUAUGUUGGAAUGUAAUUACUUUGUUUUGUCCAUUUUGGGUACGUUAUGGUGGUAAAACGUCUUGUAAUUUAAGAUUUUGAAAAUUGGGUACUUAUAGUCUU